AUGUCAAUUACUGCUGCAGCUGUCACCACUUCACCAUCCAUUUUCACAAGAUUCUUGAAUUCACCUGCAGGACCUAAAACAAUCCAUUUUUGGGCGCCUACUAUGAAGUGGGGACUGGUGAUCGCUGGAUUAAGUGACCUAAAAAAGCCAGCAGAUCAGUUAAGCGUACGACAAAACUUUUCAUUAGCGCUGACUGGCUUGAUCUGGACAAGGUAUGGGUUCGUUAUCAUACCCAAGAAUUAUAUGGUGGCAGCAGUAAAUUUCAGUGUGUUCCUUACGGGUAUGGUACAAGUUGGCCGAAUUUAUCAGUAA